CGCAUUGGAAACAUGUCCUAUGUAUAAAGCCGGCUCCUAUAUGACCAUAAAUGAAGGUCCGCUCUAGUCACAAGCGGCCCGAGCGGUUUACGAUAGUUUAGUUAAUUAGAAGAAUGAUCGAGCGAGGCGCUGAGUUAACUAUCUAUCUCUAUGCAAUUUGGUUCGGAUUCAAAAAAGGUUGCUCGUCUGCCACCAUCACUAAAAAAGGAAACAUACAACAUGGGCUCAAAUAUCAAUGAAAGAUUUCCGGCAGAGGUUAUAAAGAUGAUCUUGUCUCACUUGAAUUCGAUCGAGGUUGCAAGAUUAUCGCGCGUAUGCAAGCUUUGGAAUGAUAUCGCCCAAUCCAAUCAAAGUCUCUGGAGGGAUGCAUCAUACUUAAGAACGGAUGAUGCAUUUACUUUUAGAUUUAGACUUUCCGAAGUUGUAGAACGAAUCAAGAUACUACGUGCUCGUUCCGGUGGUACACUCGAUCACCUCAACAUACAGAUAAACACUAUCGCCAGCUUCAAGACGCAAAUGAAACUUCUAAGCCAGCUUCCGGCUAUGAAGUUACAAAGCUUACGACUUCUACUGAAAGAUGGUCGUGAAUGGGCGUUUCGUGACGAUGAUUCUGAUUUUGAUGAUUCUGAUUCUGAUGAUUUUGAUGAUUCUGAUUCUGAUUCUGAUUCUGAUGAUGAUGAUUACCAUUAUAACAUGACUGCUAGGGAAAAGUUUAAAUCGUUACAAAAAGCAGUGCGAGCUGCUCUUUCCGGUUGCACCAAUUUGAAAUCGCUGGCUCUCGAAGAUUAUGGCAAAUUAUUGAGUAUCUUGGAUCUUAGUCGAUCUGAAUCGGAAUUCUAUCCACCGUCUGAGUGGGAACUGCAAAGUUUUACAGCCAACGGAUUCUGUUGCGAGGAAUUUUUUGGGGAAGGGUCAUUAUCACGUUGUUUGAAUAAGGCCAGAGUUGUCAAGAUUCAAAAUUCGUCCCCUAUGCGAGAAAGAGAAGCAAUACGUUUGAUAGAAGCUGCGAAGGAUACGAUGGAAGAGUGUCAAAUUACUGUACGUAAAGAACAAGAAUCACCAAACAACAUAACAAAACAAAUUAUCUUGCCAAAGUUAGUCAAAUUUCAUUUACACUUAUGUGGUUGUCAUUUUUCCGAGGGAAAAAGCUCCAUCCAAGCUUUCGAUAAAAUAUCAUUCAAGUGGCCAAAAUUAAAGGAAAUAGUUCUUGAAGGGCGAGCCAGUUUAAAGGUCUACGAAAGGCUGGUUCCUACUUCGAUAGACUCUUUACGGUUUCGCAGAGUACGAGGUUUCCGAUUGGAACAAAUUAUAGAAUUUCUCAAGAAGCGUGCUAAGCUGAGAAAACUGGCUGUAGAGCAUUUAGAGGAAGACACAGAAACUUUACUCCAACAGAUCCUAAUCAAUUUAUGGCAAAUUCCAAUCGAAGACCUUGAAAUUAUCGGAGCACACGGCCUUCAUGCAACUAAUAUCAAGGAUUUUGUUACACAACGAAAGGAAAAUAUCUAUUCAGCUCCACUGGAACGAUUAUACUUAACCCUUCGAUCUAAGUCCUCAUCUGAAAAGCCAAUGGAUGCGAAAACUUUGCAGUGGCUGGACAAAAAUAUCCCCAACUUCAAAUGCGAUCUGAUUCUAGAACGAACAUAUCGUUAGUAAAGCUUCUGAUGUUGAUGGGAGACUUGCCGUGUACAUGCUUACUACAAUGAUAAUGAAAUGAAUUGCUCCGAUGAUAACGACAGUUAUGAAGAAAG